AUGGCAGACACACGCACAAAGCGCUCUGCAGAAGAGCUCGCGACGUCGGACGCGGGAACCGAGGCGGGAGAGGCCAAAGCUCAGCUCCACGCGGCGACGGCGACGGCAGCCAAAGCCACCGCCCAGGCCACCGAGGAGGACGAGGUCGACUCGGACGACCCAGAUGCCGAGGAUGCGGUGCCCGGAUCGCGCCAGCUGCCGCGCAAGGGCGACUAUCGCCAGCGCGCCCAUGUCAACCCAAUGUCCAUGCACACAUUCGACUAUCCCAUCACACCCGACGCCAUGGACUGGAACCAGCACUACCCGAACAUGAACGGACGUGAAGUCGAAUUUGCCGACAUUGGCUGCGGUUACGGUGGCCUUCUGACUGUCGCUGGGCAUGGAAAUCCGGCUCAAGGUCUCAGAGUAUGUCAAGGACAAAAUCACAGCGCUACGGGCUCAGAGUAUGUCAAGGACAAAAUCACAGCGCUACGGGAGCGACACCCCGGCCGAUACAACAACGUGGCUUGCAUCCGUGGCAACGCCAUGAAGUACCUGCCGUGCUUCUUCCGCAAGGGCCAGCUGAGCAAGGUCUUUUUCUUGUUCCCGGAUCCGCAUUUCAAGCGCACCAAGCACAAGUGGCGCAUUAUCAGCAACACUCUUCUAGCCGAGUAUGCAUACGCCAUUCGUGUCGGAGGCAUCAUUUACACCGUGACAGAUGUGCAUGAUCUGCACGAAUGGAUGCGAACGCACUUGGAGCAGCAUCCCUUGUUCCGUCGACUGACUGAAGAGGAGUUGGCUGCCGACCCAGUUGUGCCAAAACUCUUUGACAGCUCCGAGGAGGGCAAGAAGCACACGCCACGACCGAUGCUCUCGUCCAAAAUUCUGCCGCAGUGCGUCAGAUCUGCCAGGACUUACCGCGGUCGAGUCGCUCCAGUGGCCGGUCGAGUGUGCACGCUGGUCGCACGCGGCCAAUCCACGAUCGCUGCCGCACCAGCAGUCCCGAGAAUCCCCCGCACGGAAGUACUCGCCGACCUGACCGGCUAUGCACUGGGGACGCUGCAACUCCCGAAUACCACUGCUCUGGUGCUGACGGGCGGCAAGGGCAGCGGCAAGUCGGCCCUGCUGAUGGAGCUGCUGGGCGUCGCUACCGGAAGCCAAGCCGCCAGCGUCACAGCUGCAACAGAGGGUGGAUCGGGUAGUGUGACGCUGCCUCGGAUCUUGGCCACGCUGCCCAGUGGCACGAUUGCGGCGUACACGUCCAGGCACGCGACGCGCGCGACUGCUCGCCAAUCUCAGACGAUCGCUCAGACCGCUUCAACCAAUCGAGCUGAGGCACGCGUCACAGUAGCAUUCGACUUUUCGUGGCCAAUGCCAUCGGUCGGUGAAUUUAUUGACACACUCGAGGCCAUGCUACUGAUUUCUCUCGCUCCAGCGCUCAAGUUGGCCGGCAUUCGACCCGACGCGGUGCUGGGUCUUGCAGAGCGUUGCGUUGGCAUUCAAUCUACUCUCGACGGGCUCUAUCGUGACUUGAACAACACAGGCUCAAUCAGACCUCUCCAGCCGGCAGAACAAUUAAUCGCAUGCAGCAAGCUACUCAAGUCAGAGCAAGCCCUGUCGGCAGACCGGUUGGCUCGCAUGUCUCCAUCGUCGCGAGACGUGUGUGAAUUGUGGCGACAAAAGACUUCAGGAGCCUCAUCGCUCUUUGCUGCGGCAGCCGCUGAUCAUCCGGCACAUGCGCUGAUACACUUGUUAGUGACGCACGAGGACGCCGCUGCUAGGCGACGUCAUGGGCUCGCAGGAACUUCCGGCAUUCCUGCACUGCGAUUCUUGUUGAGCGCUGUCCAAGCCGUACACACUGCCCCGACUUCGUCUCAGCGGAUACUCAUGGUACUGUUAAACAUGCACCAGAUGCCGCAGUGGCUCACUUCUCGUCCAGACGAAGAAAAGAAGCUCUUCCAAGACUACCACGAUGCCCUGCUUCUGACCUUGAAGCGAGCUGCUCUCAGAAACGAACUGCCCCCUGUUCUGAUGGAGUGCGACGAUCCGAUCUACAGUCGAGACAUCUUUGACCUGUUUGACUCCCCGGCUACUGAAUGGCUCGACCAGGUUGAAGUGGAACCAUUCGAAAUGCUCGAGGGAGAUCGCACUUUCGUGCAAGCAGGGCUGUGCACCUCCCUUGAAUACUCGGAGGCGUACUCUGUUCUUGGCGGACAUGUCGGCGAUUGGCAGCAAUUUUUGAGUGCUUACUGGCUCCCAGCGUCUCGUCGCCAAGAGUGGGAAGCGCUUGUGCAGCCUGGCACGCAGCUCUCGCCAUUCUCCAUUGCGUUGCGAUCGUUUGUUUCUGACCGCAUCAACCAAUUUCUUUCGACUACUGCGCCCAAGAUUGAAAGUUCAUUCCUGGCUGAAAAUGCAGUGUUUGAGCGAGCAUUGCAAGAGCGACUCGGCAAAACUUUGACGUACCGCGUGCGGCGGCUGCUCACACCGACUUCUUCCCGUCUACUGCUUUUCCAGCUUUUGGAUGUAGUCGAGCGAUUUGUUUUCCAAGGCCAAGUGAGAGUGGAAGAUCCGGCAGCAUCAGCGUUCUAUAAUCAUCCUGCUACUACAGCGAUGCUCCAGCACGGCUUGCUCAUUGUGCGGAAUCGGGGCACCCUGAUCGUUCCCGCAAGCCGUCUUGCCAGUACACUCCUUGUGGCCUAUUGUCGACACUGGUUGGACAAUCUAUCAUGGUAUGAACUGCCACGUCGAUUCUUCAUUCGUUACAUUACGGGUGUUUUGUCGCUUGCUCCGCUGCCCCCAGGAUAA